UGGCAUUUCACUUUUCGGCAACCUAGGCCUUCCGUUUAUAUUCUGCAUAGUGAUUUUUAUACGCUAAACGUUAGCAUUUAUAUCACCUGGAUAGCGCUCAUAUUUGCUUAAAUACAAUGGGAAUAGAGGAAGAAACGGACCGGACGCUCUUCAUAAGAAAUUUAGAUCAAAGAGUGACGGAGGAGCUUUUGUUCGAGCUGUUUUUACAGGCAGGACCACUCACCAAAACUAAAAUUCCUAAAGACUCGGAUGGGAAACAAAAAACAUUCGGUUUUGCCGUUUACAAACACGAAGUGUCCGUGCCAUACGCCAUGCAGCUACUCGACGGGACAUCGCUAUUUGGGAGGACUAUUCAUGUGCAGUUCAGAUCGGGUAGCAGUCAUAGCAGCAGUCCAGGGAACUCGCAGAAUUCAAGUCCUGCAAAUACCCCAAAUCCCCACGGCCAGAGGACCCCAAUCCAGUUCAGUUCUCCACCAUAUACUCCGCCCCAAAUGCAGAGAUCCUUUUCAACUCCCGAUAAUUUGCAGAAGCAUGCCAUGAUGAACAACCUGAUGUGGCAGCUCCACAUGCAGCAGCUUGAGCAGAUAAAUGGCAGCUUCUCCAAGCCUCUACAGAGGCAGCCGACUGCAAGCGGAAAUUCUGGUGGAGGUGGCUCAAGGCAACAUGAUAAUGUCCCCUACCGGCAUCCGUCCCACACGAGCAGUGGCGCUAGAAACCAGCGCUAUGCAGAUGACUCAAGUUCCGGCCGACAACAGCAACACAGCCACAGCCGGGACAACUAUCACCAUCAGAGCGACAGGAGCGGCAGCCGUCACCAUGACAGCAGAGGUGGACACAGACAUCACGACGACAGAGGCAGCAACCGUGGCUACCAAGAUAAUAGAUGGCGACGGUACUAAUACAUGCUAAGGAUUUCUGUAAAGACUUCAGUUCUUCACAGAUUUGUGCGCAGCUUCCUAAAGAAGAGCAUGAAUUUUGUUGAUAAAUUCACAUGUAUACUCAGGUUGUUUGUACAUGAUCCUACCAGUUUGAAGAUUUAAUAAUCCAAGCCUUAGAGCCAUUUUUGUUUACUUUUAAGGCGUUUUUAAAUUUGUAAAUUACUUUCAUGUGAGUAUUUCCUCACAGAUGUCCCUCUAUAUAUUUAGAGGGGAAGAACUGUCUUAGAGCAAGGACAAAAAAAAAAAAUCAGAUAUGACUGGUUUUCAUAUUUGGAAGACAUGUAAACAAAAAAAAGAUUUAAGAUAUUGGCCAGUUUUUAUGUUAUGCAAAUUGUAUUUAAAUGGUGCUCUCAGAAUUUUUAAAUCUUCAGGUAUUUUUCAAAACAGAACGAGUGUCAGCUAAAUAUUUCACCAGCACCACUAUUACUGCAAUAGGGCACCAUCCUUUCUUAUUGUUAGAUUAGUUGACCUUGCUCUUUCUAAAAAUGGCUUUAUUUUAUUUUUUUAUUCUGAGUCUGUAUGACGAACUGUUUUACAAAAAACAUUUUCAUUCUUAUAAAUCUCCUUUCAUUGAC